GGAGCGGUCACUCGAAUAUCUUGUCACUAUAAUAGACUAUCCUUGGUUACCUGCGCUCAAAUGUGAAAGCCUGUGAUUGGACGAUAUUGCAGUUGCCGUGCUCUAUAUAAUUUUUGGUCUGGUCAUCGGUCAUCUAUUCCUACAGUGCAGUUGAUAUGUAUACCACAAUGGUGUUUGCAAAGAGGGAAAGCAGGCCAUUCACAUGAUAUACAGAUCAGUAUUAAUACGCAGGCGUCAGUCGGUAUUUGAAACCCUGUGUAGCGUUGCUUCGAAAGAGGUGUGAUGAAAAUACUAGAGAAUAGGUCUUUGUCUUCAAUAAUGAUUUACAGUCUAUGCCGGUGUGGGUAAAUUUAGAGCAACCGUUUGAAUAAUUAGUCUAAAUUUGUGACGUGCGCUGUUACCGUGCGGUGCUUGAGGUCUGCACCUGUUCACUAACAUGCUGAAGCCCGUGGUGAGUGCUCCAUCUGCGUAGGAAACAUCACUUUUUGACAUUUUAAAGCCUUUUAUUUGCAUUAACUAGAGAGCGCGUUAUUUCUGCAGAGUAUUUACAGUAAGGUCUAGUUUAGCAAUUAUGCCAUGUAGGCAAGCGAACGGCUUUGUUCAGACCAGUGAUAAUAGCCUUUAGUUUCAUAAGGCGACGUUGUGGGCCAUCUGUGAAGAAGGCAAGACGAAUAGAUCGCCAUAGUGUGCAGUUCCGCGAUGCUCGGCCAGUCACCUCACCUUAUUGGAGGUAUCUUGUGGAUCCAGAAUCCAAUGAGAGCUGUCCACUGCAACCUGACCCAGAAUGGGAUGGACCACCAGAUGUGCCCGGACGAUGUGACCUCUCACCUGGAGGAGGAGCCUCUGGACCAGGGUGCCAUGCUGGACGACGACAGCCCCACCUAUCAGGACGUGAGCCCCGGGUACCAGCGCCGCUCACCGCCCCAGCGCUCCGUCUCCGAGUCAGAACUCUCACGUUCGGGGAAUGUAAAGCUGUCCAAGCCGGUGGCCCUGUGGACCCAGCAGGACGUGUGCAAGUGGCUGAAGAAGCACUGCCCCAAGCAGCACCAGAUCUACAGUGACUCCUUCAAGCAGCAUGACAUCACAGGACGGGCUCUGAUGAGAUUGACGGACAGGAAGCUGGAGCGAAUGGGCAUCAUGCAGGAGGGCCAACGGCAGUACAUCCUCCAGCAGGUCCUGCAGCUCCGCGUCAGAGAGGAAGUCCGAACCCUGCAACUACUCACGCAAGCCUCUCUGGAGUGUUCUCCGUAGCCCGGGCGUUCCAGGACACCAGCUGCCAAAAGGACCCAGUCUCCCUCGGACCUCCUACAUCUGACCCCCUCCCACCACCAAUCAGAGCCGGCCUGACCCCAACCUUAAUCCUAACGCCAAGCUUAACCCCAUGCUUAGUCCCAAAACCUCAAACCUUCACACAAGUAAAUUCAUUGGCUUGUCCAGUGACUUAUCAUAGACAUUCUAUCACUUUCUUGCCUUUAAUAAAGCAUUCCCACUACAUUUGUCCCUAUGCCACCCCAACUCUCCUACCCCUUUCUGAAGCACCACUAGCCCAGGACAUUCUGAGAACAAGCAUCAAGAGCUGGACAACUUAUCAACCCUCAAACCGACGAUCCAACCACAAAGACUGCGGAGAACAACAAUAAAACACACAUGUCAAAUAUGGCAUCAACUUGAAAAAAACUUCUAUGUUAAUUCCUCCAUGGCCGUCCUAUGUGAAUACAACCCCCAGGAUACACCACUGAGCCGGUGUGUAACAUUCUGUUGACUUCUAAUGGUGACUUUAUAGACAUAUUGGGUACACCAGCCUUUCGCUCUUACCCUCCGUCUUCUUUCUCUCGGUCUCUCUCGCGCUCUGUCCUCACUGACUAUGUCGGCGCAGCGAGAGGGUGACACAUUUUGCACUUCUAUAUGUUCCCUUUCUCCUUCACUCUCUCUCCCUCUUUUUUCCGACUAUUGUCUGCAUUGAUUCUGUGCAUUGUCAGUAUCUGGGCUUGCCUGGCGAAAAUAUUGUCUCGGUUGUCCUAUCUGUGUCCUCUGCCCUGCUCCACUCUCUCCCUCCCUCACUUUGUGGGUCGCUCCCUCAGCGAACUUCACUGCGAAUACAUCCAGGUGUGGCAUGAAGAGAGACAACCAGGUGAAAAGUAAAUGACUGAUAACCUACAUGGGACAAUUGGUGGGUUGAGAGAUGUGGUUGAGAGAGAACCAGGCAAGUGCUUCUCUACUGAUGAAGAGAACAUAAAGAAGAAAAAGAUCACACUGAAGACUCCCCCCCCCCCCCCCCCCUCUCCAUUUUAAAUAUGAGCUGUAUUGAAAAUAGAGUAGAAAGGAAAAUGUGCAAAAAAACAUGUACCAUGUGCAAAACACAUGUACCAUGUGCAAAAACAUGUACCGUGUGCAAAAAACGUGUACCAUGUGCAAAAAACAUGUACUGUGUGAAAAAAAACAUGUACCGUGUGCAAAAAAACAUGUACCAUGUGCAAAAAAAAACCGUGUACCGUGUGCAAAAAAACAUGUACCUUGUGCAAACAACAUGUACCAUGUGCAAAAAAACUAACCAUCCAAUGUCUGCCAAGUCUAUCAGAGACAUGCCAUUUAUCUCCCUCAUUGUUUUAUGACAAACUAACUCUUUGCUGUAACUGUUAAUGUGAAAUGGCCAUUCACUGUUAAUAUAAAGGCCUUUUACUGUACUUAGAAGCACAUGGAACUGUCAUGCCAACAAUCCCGUCAAUUGCUUGGGCCAUCGUCCACUAUAUGUGUGUUUUCAAACCCUGUAGCCAGUAUGCUGGAGUGAUUCCUAUUACCCAUGUAUCACUACCACUGUAGCAUGACCUAUUGUCACCAUCACAACAACUUUCUCUCUGUGAAUAGGAAUAAAUGGGGAUCCCCCCCAAAAUAAAUGGUUGUCAAGAAAUGGAAGUAGGGGAAUUCCAACCCUGGAGAAAGCCAUUGGUUUAGCUGAAUUUAAUUGCAACAAUGGGUCUUGUGUUACGAGUGUCCAUUGUUUGGAUUGAAGCUUGGCUUAUGCUGUGUAGUUGGUGGUUGGCCCAUUAGUAGCACAUUUAAUAGUAUUGAUUAAACCUUCAGGACUGUGUAGACCUACAGGCCUGGAAUAGCCCAUCCCUGACAUUGGAGAGGUAAGGAAUGCUGAUACUUAGUCACAUGGGAUGAAGUCGUUCUUAGCUAAACACAAGUGGCUAUUUCAUGCUUCGGUGGAGAUCUGGUGUCAGUAUCUCUCUUGGCUAGUGGGGGCUGCCUGCCCUGCCUGCUGCCAGUUGGGGGACCUGGCACCUUCUUUUCACAUCAUCUGGAUGUCGAUAGCCGAACUGGGAGAAGUAGUCUACAGUAUUAACCCAAGGCGGUGUUUGGAUAAAGAAAAAAAAAAAUGGAACUGUAACAUGGGCUGCUCCUUCCUGCCAACUAUAACUGGGCUGUAAAUGAGAUAUUUAGUAAAGGAAGUAUUAUGACUUUGUGUAUGGUAACUCACCAUGUGACUUUCAGGGCAUUUCAAACCUGGGUCCUGUUCAUUAGGGCACACCGGAACCAAAAGUUUUGCGACGGAAAACCAGACCGAGCGUUUCUUAUUGGACAAGUCCAGGUAGUCCCAUGUUUGAACCCAUUUUCUCCCGUUUGGUGCCUAAUGCACAUGACCAUGCCAGCUCUGCCAAGGUGCCCGAGGACUUGCCUGAACUGGCUAUUUCCACAAUCCCCUGAUACAUUUUUUACGCUUUUGGAAUUUAUUCAUUGGCACUUUACUAGUGCACUGUUACUCAAGAGAAACCUUACUUUCUUAUUGCACAAGACAAACCUUAGUACAUCACCCACACAUACAUGCAAAUGGAAGAAGACUUACAAGGAAUUAUGUGACUACACAGUCAGACAUUACAUUCACAGGUAAAUAUAAAUACAUAUGCCUAUAUUAUGCAAACACACAUACACAUUAACACACUUAAACUAAUACAACUGUUAAAGGGAUAGUUUGGGAUUAUGUUUCCGAGUCCACUAUAAAAGAAGUUAGCAUUGGCUCGUGAAACUACCUAGCUUAGGGCAAAGACUAGAACCUAUCCCUUUAGUUUUUCUCAAUCGCGUAUAAGCAGUUUUUGUGUCUGUGUUGGAACAUCUAUAGCAGAAAACCGCAAUGAUGAAAUGCUCAAAUACAUUUACAGAACUUCUGGUCAUAUCUUAGAUCACCAUUUGCAAAACGCUUAAUUAAAAUGUCAUCAGUGACUACAAAAUGUACUGUUGCGUGUUCUGUUCACAUAAUAUAACACAAUUACGGCCCUGCUACACUAUAGCCAUCGGGCGUCUGGCGUUGCCAUCAGCUGUUGAGAAAAGGCUUCCUUUGAAAUCGAAGAAAGCUGCUUCACUGUCAGUGUUGCAUCACGUCCAAUGGCAGCAGCGUCCAAGCUCAAGAAUCGCCAUGGUGAAAUUGUUGAUGGCUGAUGCGCGAGUUCAUACUAUCUUGUGAAUUGAAAUAAUGAGAAAUAAAGUUGCUUUUGGUUGCAUAUGGCUUUGACUACACCACGGGUUAUUUUACGUUCACAAUGUAAACAAAAGAAACUUCCGUAAUUAGAGAACAGAGAAUCAUUUAAUACAACUAAUAGGAACAGCUUAAUCAGUACUUCUGAAAAACUGGACAAAAGAUAUUGUACUUAGGCAUAAUUGAUGAAUACGGAACUGUACAUUUGUGGAAAAUAGAAUGAAGACGCUCUCAAAACAACGCGCUAUGUGACGCAACGCUGGUGGCAUAGCAACGAAAAGCUUAAAAUGGAGCUGUAGUGUUAUUUGUUUUUACCAGGAGAGAACUUUGUGCGAUUGUGUUCACUGUUAACGGCAAUCCGUAUACUGCACACAAUUCUAAAUCACCCCAUCAGUGUCAUAUUAUGUAGCCCUAAAAUAUAUGGAAAGGUCUAGAUGACUGUUGGGACUGUCUAGUUGUUAUGACAUUAUUUUUGACAAUAUUGCAGACAUUCAGAGAUGCACAUAAUUAAGUAAUCAUGCGGCCUAUUCAUAUCAGUUGUGUUCCUCCACCUUACCAUAUUUCUAUUGCGUAUGGUUUUUCUGUGAACCAAUGGAAAGUCUACAGAACAAUGAACAAACCAGCCUUUGUAAUUGAGUACAUGGAAUUGGAUUGUGAUGAUACUGAUGAAUGAAUCGUGUGCACACAGUGCUUUUUUUUAUCAGGACUAUUUGAUGAGUAUGAAAUUGUUUGGUAAAAUAUGCAUAAAAGGACAGGAAUUGCCCAUAACUCUGCACCUUUGGAUAGUUGUACUUCUACUUUUGAUCAUCAUGAUUUUGUGACUGUAAAUAAAAUGUAUUGAUCUACUGGGAUUUGUAAAAGCCAGACUAACUUCCUGUUUUGUCUGCUCGGACUCAAAAGAGAAGUUUGGUUGCGUUCAUCUUUCUGUAGGUAGUGGUGUUCUUUUGAUGAAUCUAUUAGCAAUGUUGAUGGUAGGCUGUAAUAUCAUUUUGAUGAAUGUAUUUUAUGUUUUGAGAAGGCAACUACAUUUUUGAAAAGGCAUUUGACUCUUUUCCAAAAGUGCACGGAGUUCUGUGUCUGGUGAACACUGUUUUGAACAUUGUUCCAAAAAAUGCUUGAAAUCGAUUGAGAAAAACGAAUGUAUGAUUUUUGGCCAGUUUGACAGCAUGUUUUUUUUUUACUUUCUGGUGUUUUUUUUGUAUCAAACAGGCAUGCAGACCAGGUCUUCAGCCCCCCCCCCCCCCCCCCCCCACACACACACACAAUCUACAUAUAGGGUGCCUAAUCAUGGAUAUCAAUGAAAUAUUAUAAAUAUCUUAAUAAAUCUAUUAACCUGUAUAAUGUAGUGUACAUUACUGAGCAUACCUCACUGCAUAUUGUUUUUUUUACAUAUACCACAUUUUCUUUACACACUGUAUUGUGUUAUGUGUAGACUAAUACAGCAGACAGGGACUGAAUACCUUUCUUCAGUGCUGAAUAAAGAGUGAAUACACAGAUCCUGAAGAUA